CAGAGCUCCAGGUCUCCGAGGGCGUGCGGGUCCCGAGUGGCUCAGUGUUGUGAGUGCUGCUUGGGUGCACGCGGAGGUCGAACUCCACUAUCCGGCCUCGGCGCCAACGUCGACCCUGUCCUCGCUUACGCUUCACAAGGCUCGAGCGCAGCCACCUCAUGAAGCCCCCUACGACGCAGGGCAGCCCCGCGGCCGCUGCGGCUGCAGCCCCUGCCCUGGACUCUGCGGCCGCCGCGGACCUGACUGACGCGCUGUGCGAGUUUGACGCGGUGCUGGCUGACUUCGCGUCGCCCUUUCACCAGCGCCACUUCCACUAUGAGGAGCAUCUGGAGCGCAUGAAGCGGCGGAGCAGCACUAGCGUCAGUGACAGCAGCGGCUUCAGCGACUCGGAGAGUGCAGAUUCACUUUACAGAAACAGCUUCAGCUUCAGUGAUGAAAAACUGAAUUCUCCAACAGACUCUGCCCCAGCUGAACUCUCUCCUUCCAUCACCCCUCGGAAAGCUAAAUUAGGAGACACGAAAGAGCUAGAAGACUUUAUUGCUGAUCUUGACAGAACAUUAGCAAGCAUGUGAAGUAAGGAAUUAUAGGUCCUUUUAUCAUAUGAAAGGAGUUUCAAAAAGCUCCAAGGACCUGCAAACAUCAGCUACUGGAAAAUCAGCUGCUGCCAGAGGGGACAGAGAUGAACACUUACCACCAGGCUAUGCUUAGGCCCACCCUAAGAUUAGCUCUCAGGCCUCCCUCUGGGCAAUUCAAACAGUGAAACUGACUUUGUUUACCUACCUGCAACAUAUUAGAACAGAUGAUCUAUGCUAAUGUAUUUUUCUCUUAAAACAGCUUUUCUGUAAUUUAAAGUGCUUUUAUGAAAAUAUUUGUAAUUAAUUAUAUAUAGUUUGAAAUAGUAAUAUGCUUUCCCCAUUAUAAUAUAUUUUUGUAUACAAAUAAAAUUUGAACUGGAACCUA